AUGGCUAUGUGCCGAAUCGUUAGCAAGGCGGGGAAUGCGGGGCUCGCCUACCACCAGAUCCUGCAGACUACCGUACUGGCCAGCUCGACUCAGGCCGUCAUUAUCCUGCAGCACUCACGGUGGCCAGCGCCACCAGACUCGAAGCGCACAGCACGCACCGCCCACAUAAUCCUACAAGGAGUAGCUGGCAUUGCGUGUCUAGCAGCCCUUGUCGACGGCGCAAUGCGGGCUGGGGACAGAGGUGCUGAUCAGUUUUGGAAGGCACCGCAUGUACGAGCAAACAUAGUCACCAUGGCUAUGUUUAUCCUGCAGGCUGUGUUUGGCAUCUCCAUGGUGUUUUCAACAAGGCUGUUUGGUGGGCAGCGCAAGGCAAAGCAUUCAUACAAGUAUCAUAGAAUCUGCGGCUACGCCACGUUGACCGCGAUGUGGACGACAGGCGCGCUUGGUGUUCACGCUGUGCUGCAGCAGGAAGGUGCGCAGGCGCUGAAUAGCCGGUAUGAGUGGCAUGCUGUUCCGCGAGGAACGUGGGUGGCGGCUGGUGCCAUGCUUGCCCUGGGAGUUGUUUUUGGUAUUGACGUACGAAAGAUCGGGCUGCAUCGGUCCGCACAAGUCAAGAAGGGCACGUUUGCGCGCGCCUGGCCAUAA